AUGGUACCAGAUGCGGGUGGUUUGCUUUCGUUGAACAAUCUGGUGAAUGGCGGUGAUUUAGUUGGUGCAAGUAGUAUUCGUGGCUCAUCGUCACAGCAGACACCGUCUGCAAUCCAAUCGCUGGCGGACUCUGGCACUGCCGCAUUGACACUAUCAGCAACGGAUGAAAUGGAGAUGAGUAAAUAUCGAUCACGUUUGCAACAGCAUAUGAAUGGACUGGAACAGGCAUAUAUUUUGAAGAGG